UAUAUUUCUAGGUACUCAUCCUCUAUUUUUCUUUUCAAACGUGUAGAAGCUACGUGGUUCUGGUAGUAUCUGCUUCAAUCAUUGACUUUGUGGACUACCCCUACCUCCCUCUCUUGCUACCCUACCUCCACCACCACAGCCUUCCACCAAACGAGGUCCCAAUCCUCCAAGGGCCCCAACAGAACCCGCAAAAAUGACACCACCAUCCGACCCCGAAAAAACCGAGAUGUCUCAAGAGCACCUCGAAGACAUCAAGUCCUCCUCAAGCUCCACCCUCUCGCCCGACGCCGUCUCCGAGCGCGCCCUCCUCUGGAAACUCGACCUCCACGUCGUCCCGAUCCUCACCCUCCUCUUCCUAUUCGCCUUUCUCGACCGCAUCAAUAUCGGAAAUGCGCGGCUCAUGGGCCUGGAAGAGGACCUCGGUAUGAAGGGCCAUCAGUAUAAUAUCGCGCUGUUUGUGUUCUUUAUACCGUAUGUGCUGUUCGAGGUGCCGAGUAAUGUCAUCUUGAAGAAGGUGAAGCCGAGCUGGUGGCUUUCUGGGAUUAUGUUUGGGUGGGGUAUUGUGACAAUCUGUCAGGGUGUGACGGAAAGUUUCAAGGGACUAGUUGCUUGUAGGGUCUUAAUAGGGUUGUUGGAGGCUGGGUUCAUGCCUGGAUCCGUAUACCUCAUCAACAUGUACUACCGUCGCCACGAGCUCCAGUGGCGCCUCAACGUCUUCUUCAGCGCAAGUAUCUUGGCUGGUGCAAUCAGCGGGCUUCUCGCCUACGGCAUAGCCAACAUGGACGGCAUCGCCGGGUACAGCGGCUGGCGCUGGAUCUUCAUCAUCGAGGGCCUCGCCACCGUCGUCGUGGCUGUCAUCGCCAAAUUUGUCAUCGUCGACUGGCCCGAAUCAGCGACCUUUUUGAAUGAAGACGAGCGGGCUCUCCUGCUGAAACGGCUGGCCGAGGAUCAGGGCGAAGCGAAGAUGAACCGGAUGGAUAAGAGCUCGAUGAAAAGGACGUUCUCGGAUCCGAAGCUGUACCUUGGCCCUAUCAUGUACUUCGGCAUCGUCAACACCGGCUACGCGGUAUCAUUCUUCACACCGACCAUCCUGCACCAACUCGGCUGGACGCAAGUGCGCGCACAAGUGAUGAGCAUCCCCGUGUACUGCGUCUCGGUGGUCAUCACACUGGCGACAGCCUACGCGAGCGACAGGCUCCGACACCGCUUCGCGUUCACCCUGACCGGGUGUCUCAUCGCCACGCUGGGCUACGUGAUUCUGCUCUGCCAGGGCUCUGUGCCCGUGGGAGUGCGCUAUUUCGCCGUCUUCGCCAUCACGAGCGGCGGGUUCCUCACGCAGCCGAUCUUGAUGGGUUGGCUCAGUAAUAACAUGGCGGGCCACUAUAAGCAGUCUAUUGCAUCUGCGAUGCAGAUCGGCUUUGGCAACUGUGGGGGUCUCGUCGCGAGUAAUAUCUAUUUCGACUCUGAGGCGCCCGGGUACCGCACGGGGUAUGGUGUCAGUUUGGGGAUGACUUGGAUUUGUGGAUUGUCGUGUAUGGCUUUCCUUUGGUAUCUGGUUAAGGAGAAUAAGUUGCGAGAGAGGGGGGAGAGGGAUCAUCGGUAUGAGCUUCCGAGGGAGGAGUUGGAGAAUUUGGGGGAUGAUCAUCCGAGUUUUCGGUUUACGUAUUAG